AUGGCUCAAGAGAAUACCCGGCAAGUCUUACCAUUCCGACGAAUCGUCACUACCCACUCACCAGACGAUAUCGAUGGAUCAUCCGUCACUCUCCACGAUGAUCAAAUACCCCUACGUCCAGUCUUAGAAGGUAACGCUCAUAUAUCCCCUCUAUAUUCUUCGUCCGGUGUACCUAGUCAUAACCCACAUGUGAUCAGUGCUGAACAUAUCGCUCAGUCAAUGGCGAAUGUCCCUGGUGUGGUAUUUCCCGGAGGAACCAAUGGACAAGUCACAGACGUAGCACCAAAUUAUCGAAUAGGCUUUCAUCGAACCUCAUCUAUAGAUUAUAAUGUCUUCCUAGCUGGAAGUGCGUAUCUGAUCGUACCCGAUGGCAAAGGAGGAGAAAGUAGGACGUUGGUCAAAGCUGGUGAAUUGUUGGUUCAGACGGGUACUUUACAUGCAUGGCAGGCUGGACCGGAAGGUGCUAGAUGGGUGACGGUGGUGGUAGCUGCUUUACCUGUUGAGAAGGAUGGGAAGGUGUUUGAAGAUGUUGAUUUUUAA